UGUAGCCUUGGUGAUUAGUAAGAUUUAGAAAACCCAUAUUUGGAUGAUUUAAAAUUUUAUUCUAUUUCAGAAGUGCCAGAUUGGCAACUGAAUAUAGCUCCACUCUUAUAUGGGAAUUUUCCACAAAAGAUGAUUCAAAGCUACUCAUUAAAUCUCAUUCAUUGCUAUUAUUUUUCACAGUGACUACAUCGCUCCAGUCAUACAAGCAGUUACAUUUACAGGUAGAUUUAACAAGAAUAAUAGAAAAGCUGUUUCACAUGGAUCCAAAUGCUGAUAAUAAUCAUCUGCCUGCUCAGUUUCAUACGCAGUGUGGAAGUGUAAUCCUAAUUUGGCAGCUCUGUUCAUUCUUGUUCUGCCAGUCUAGUCUUCAUUAGCAUCCUAUAAAUAGCUGUCUGCAAGCUAAAUGGCUCUAAUUCUCCAUCUAAAAAACCCAAGUAAUCCUCGGCUAUAUUUGAUCGACAAAGUCCAAGAGGAGGAAAAACAUAAUCGCACUGUAAUGUUUAAUAUUUGUUUAUUAUUAUUGGUAAUAGUUGACUGGCUGGUUCAUUUUGCUCACAGUCAUUUUUGAGAGGUUAUGCGUGCUCUCCAAGAUGCCCACACAGGAUUCAAGUAGCCAGUCUGGCACCUGACCUGACUGUCGGGUCAGAUUUGAGACUCUAUGCAAUGCUCAGACUGUACUGCACAAUUUCCUGUAAAAACAAAAGAAACACCGUACGAGGCAAUCGUUCGAGCCAAACCAUUGUUCUGUUUGAGAGAAAUUUGUACACUAUCAAAAAAAAAAAAUUAAAUUAACAUGCUGAUUCUUAAGAACUGCGUCCAAAAAAUGAAAACUUCAAUUCCCAGAGCAGAAAAAACAGGAACGGUCAACAUCCUGCUUUUGUCCAUUAAAAAUGAAAACGGACAUAUUGAAAUCCAUUUACCAUGAUCCAGAAAUCAUGUUUCCUGCAUAGUAAUCACAACACUAACCCCGCAGAGGUGCGGUGUUGAAAGUAUUUUCAGAAACGGUGUGAGUGGAAGCUCUAACCAGGAGAAGAGAUUCAGUUUUAUUCAUUUCAGAUUAUACUUUGUUUUUGUUCUCCUAAAGCAAAAGAAUAUAACAUUAGCAGAUGAGUGAUAGCAAAAUAAAUUAAAAUCCAGUUUGCCACAUUCUUGUCCAUCAUAGCAUCAUUUUCAAUAAUAUCCACUGACAGUUUAAAAGUGCAGAUAGAAACUAGGGUUAAAUUUAGGCAGAAUACAGCCUGACGUUUUGACUUAUGUGGGAUGUACAGUUACAUACCAAGUAAGUUGGCAUUGAGGUCAAUCUUAUUAUCCAUGUCCCAUACAGCUCUACUUACACAACUUGUGUGCGCACUGAGUUUUGCACACACAAAGGUGUUUGUCUAAGAAGCGAUGUCGUCUCGGUCUAAAGGAAAUCCUAAUAUUUCUGCUAUUUCACACAGCACUGCUGCAACAUUUUCACACUAUUUUUGCUUUUACUUCCAAGCCAUCAAAAUGCGUCUGUGGCCGAAACAGAAAACAAGCAAAAAAUCCAAAGAUGACUCUCCGAAGACGCAAAAACCAGCCAAGCCCCUGGCUUCUGCUGCCACGUGUGCCAUCCCGCAGCUGACUGACGCAGAGAGGAUGAAGCAGUCUCCGUUUGAGAGGAUCGUCUAUGACAUGACCCACAACGAGAAGAUCGUCAAUGACCUCGUGCUCGGUAGAAGGGUCGGCUUUUACGAGCUGCGUGGAGAAAUCGGGCAAGGCAACUUCUCUACAGUUAGGCUGGGCAUCCAUGCCUUGACGAAAGAGAGAGUAGCUGUUAAAAUCAUGGACAAGCUGCAUCUGGAUAAGAAGAAACAGCCUCUGACUUCCUCAGAGAUCAGCUGCAUGGAGAAGCUGUGCCACCCCAACAUAGUGCGCCUUUAUGAGGUGAUGGAGACGAGCCGGAAGCUGUAUCUGGUCAUGGAGUACGGCAGCGGUGGAGACUUGUUCUCUCGAAUCACCACAAGGGGGAAGCUUAACGACCUGGAGGCCAAGCUGGUCUUUGCACAAAUCGUCUCUGCUGUUAAGCACAUGCAUGACUGCAACAUCAUCCAUCGAGACCUGAAACCAGAGAAUAUCUUCUACACCACCAGCUUUUGCAUCAAAGUCGGGGAUUUUGGCUUCAGCACAGAGAGCAGCCCUGCUGAGCUUCUCACCACUUUCUGUGGCUCUCCGCCCUACGCUGCUCCUGAACUUUAUAAGGAAAAGGGAUACUCUGGACGUUACUCAGACAUUUGGGCUUUAGGUAUUCUCUUGUACUUCAUGGCGACAGCAACGUUACCCUUUUAUGGGGAAAAUCUGGGCAGGCUGAAGCGCUGCAUCCUCCAGGGGGCUUACCGUAUCCCCUCUUAUGUGCCAGAUCCGUGCCAGCUGGUCAUCAAAAGCAUACUGCGGAUUGUGCCUGCUGAUCGCUCCUCGUUAACGCAGAUUUCAGACAGUGCUUGGCUGAAGGGGAUCGAGUUCCCUCGUCCUUAUACGCCGUUGCCGCUGUCUCCCGCUCACUUUGCACAGACAAAUCAGAUUCUGUGUGUGGAAGAGCAAGAGGUAAAGAGUUUGCUAUCCGAUCUCGGGGUCGUGGCGCUACAUUUCCAGAACAACCCCUGCUUGGACUGCAAGAAUCCACUGACGGGGGCCUACCGGAUCCUCCUCCAUCGAGUCCAGAAGAGGAGGUCGGUCGAGGCUGUGGGUUACUCUGUGCUCCAACCGGAUGAGUACGAGAGUCCGAGCAAGUGGUCUGCAGCAUCAGUUGACAAACACAAUCCUUCCACUGUCUGUGCAAUACUAUAAUGACAAAGAACUGCACUGGACUCCUUCAUUUGUGGCACCAAAGCGACUUUAUCACAUAUGUGCGCUCUCAUGCGGUCCAGGUAUUAUGUUACACACAGACUGAAGUGGCAGUGGAUGUGGAGGUCAGAGUGGACAGUUGCUUUUCCACGUUGUAAGUCAAUUACAGCUCAUAGACCAGGACAUGCCUGUGAUUACAUCACCAACGGCAAGAUUACUGACGCAAAACACCUAUCAAUCACUGAAUGGCUGUCAGCAUCUUCCAAUCCUUCUUAGUCAGGACAUAAAUCUGACCUAAUCCAGGUAAGCCUAAUGAGAGAGCCACAAGGGAACAUGCUUGGCCCAACAGAUUGUAAAAAAGAAACUGUGUCUAAGGAGAAAAUACAAGAAAAAGAGAGAAAACGAAAAAUAAAUUGUAAAAUUAGCCUACCACAUUUGCAUUACAGCAAAUGCCUCAAAUGCCUUCAUUGGGUAUGCAUGUGACGUAAAAGUGAUUAUAAAUGCAGUUCAUGUUGUUCACUAAGGAGGAGAGUCAAGAGCACAAUGAAUGUUGAGAGUUUACCUUGGUGUUAUUAUAUUUUUUUUUCAUAUCUUUGUAAAUUAUUCUCAUGUUUGCUCACGUUUUAAAGCAAUGUUUUCAUAAAUCCUCCAGGGAUGCUGCCCUGAGCUUAAAGCCAUGCUGUAUCAGUAAUUCUAGCAAAGACUAAGGCCAGAUUGAUUAAACAGAAUAAAGUUAUUUUCAAACAGUAAUUUAAAACUGUUUCCCCUCUAAUCUCCUCAUCUGGACAUCCUCCCCUGAUUCUUUCCUUCCAGCAGGAGGCAUGUUAUCACAGGACGAUGUGAUUGUCUCGUUCUGCUGCAUGCAAGACUCCAGAUUUAUAUUGUUAAAAAAGCAAUUUCUACUGGGAUGCAAAAUGAGAUUGUCUUUAUUUGUAGGCCUUGAAAUUCGAUAAAUCCUCGACUCUCGAGCCAGUUCUCAGGAACUGACUUUGGAGUCAAUUCAAGCACUUUCGGGAAAUCAAGUUUAUGAAAAAUGAAAGUGUGAACUGUGAACAUAACGUGUCAUUUCACCCCAAGUGCAUAUAAAAAAGAACUGGCUCUCUCUCCAGUUAAUGGUGGUUCAUUUUCCCAUCACUUGCACUUCUCCCCGAGGGCACAGCAGUCUCUUUAAACCAGGUAUAGCUCUGGGACCAGUAACAUUACAACUUGACGUCAGUCCUGUCAUUGACUGCACACACCUGCUCUGUUUCUGAUGGGUAUUUGGCACUAUCAUAAGCUUUAUAUUUUGCAAUAAAAUUUUUAGCCCUCAA